UUUGUAAUGUAGGUUAAGCUGAUUACCCUUAUCUUCCUCUUCUUCUUCUCUCAUGUUUCUUUGUAAUUUUUUCUAUCAAAAUUUGUAGUUAGCCAACCUUCAUUCUCCUGCUAGUAUCACCAAAUUUUGAUUUCUAUCUAUUUUCCCGAAUGUUGGUUGGUAGUAAUUUCUUUUCAUUUCAGUCCCAAUUAUUAGCUUAGAGCCUGCUAUAGUACGGGAUUGAUUUUCUUAUAGGCUCUAGUGGAUUGUAAAAAAGUAAAAUCCCAUUUUUUGUAUUUCCUAAUCCCUCUAGAUAAUUGAUUUAAGGCAUGGGUGUUGAUGCAGAGAAAAUACUGGUUUGUCUAUGGAGAUUUCUUCACUUUUUCAUGAAUGCUAGCCACAGAUGUUUGGAAAAGCAUCCUUUUGUUUCAAGCAUUCUUUUACUCUCCUUCAUUGUGUAUAUAUUUUUCAAUGUUGUGGUUUAUUGCUUUCCAUUUCUUGUCUUCACUGCCAUUCUUGUUAAAUUCUUUUGGAGUUCUGGACAUCCUACUAUUGUCCAAGAUGCCAAAGAAUCUGAGAAAAGAAAUGGUAGAAUAUCAAAUACAAACUCUGUGUCUGUUAAAGAAGAUCAUGUUGUUCAUAGAAAUAUCGAAAACCCUUCCUUUCAAACUCAAAAGAGUAGGAGAAGAAACUUUAAAGACAAGAACAGACCGUUGGAUGCUCAAGCUGCUGGUAAGGAAGAAAAAGACAUGUUUCCCUCAGCAACGGCUAAUGAUAAUUUGAUAGGCAAUUCUGCUUCAAUUGACAGAGACCAAAAAGUAGACGAUGGGGAGAAAAAGAGCUCUUUGGAACAUGGAGAGAAAUCUGCUUCCAAUGCAUUGGCUGCUGAUAAUGUUCAAGUUGAUACAAAACUUCCAGCCACAUAUUCUGAGUUAGAGGUUGAAGAAGUUGACGACGAUGAUGAAGAAGAGACACAAGAGGAUGGGAAUCAUGCUAUGGAAUGGACAGCAGAUGAUGAGAAGAAUCUAAUGGAUCUUGGACUUUCUGAGAUUGAAAGGAACAAGAGGCUAGAAAGUCUAAUUGCUAAAAGGAGAGCAAGAAAAAUCUUCAAACUUCAGGUUGAGAAAGCUCUAAGUAGCAUGCAUGGUGGUGGUUUAGGUCAUGUUGCUCCAAUUUUAAUUGCUAAAAAUGACCAUCUCAAUGCUCCAAACAAUUCUAAUGAGACUGAAGGCUUACAUAUUCCUGGUUCAGCUCCUUCUGUUUUGUUACCAACACAAAACCCAUUUGAUCUUCCUUAUGAUCCACAUGAAGAAAAGCCAAAUCUCAUGGCAGACAGUUUCCAACAAGAAUUUACUGAAGCUCAUCAGAAGGAAAUGCUAUUCUGCAGGCAUGAGAGCUUCAGUUUAGGUCCUUCUUUCCCGUUAGAGUACAAGCAAGAUAGAAAUGACUUCAAGUUCAAUUCCUUCAUUGGUACAGACAGGAGAGCAUUGGAUGGAUUGGGUUACUCCAGAUUCAGAAUGCAGCCAGAUAAGGAAAAUCAUGAUCAACUAAUUGAACAUUUCAUGUCGAAACCAUAUCACAGCAAUCCUCAUAUUAAUAACACUCCUGAUGUUAUUGAAAAAGGAUCAAACUUUCCAACUCAGCUAAUAGACAAAGCGGCAUCCAAAGAUGAAGAGAAUGCAGAACAUAGAACUGACAUGGUUGAUAUCAAAGAUAAGGCCAUGACGAAAAGUGCUAAUCCCACGGAACCAAUGUUUGCCAGAAGUGAAGCUCAUAUAGAACCACAAGUAAUUGAAGAUGGCAAUGAUGAAUCACCCUCACCCUCAUCAUCGCCAACUUCUUCAUCAUCAUCAUCAUCAUCAUCCGAAAUAACUCCAAAUAUCUUCAACCCAACUAGAGCUGGAAUUCCAAAACCAACACUUGGAUAUGCUGCACAUAAUUCCCUUGGUCUCUCAGUUCCUAGAAGCAUAACCUCCAGGGAUCCCUUUUAUGAUUCUAGCCCCACUGCAAACAACAAGAGCAAAAUGGAGGAACGUUUGAUUUAUGCAAUGAGACCUUGUCAUACUGCUACAUAUUCCAUAGCUUCUGACAUGCAAGUGGAGGUGUCGGAUUGUGGUUCACCUCCAGCAGGUAACGAAAAUAAUUCGCCCACCGAUACAGAUUCCUUGACCAAUUUUGGGGAGACUGAGAAAUGCCUUUCAGAUGAUCAUAAGACGUUUGAUGAUAACAGAAAAGGAAUGGAACAGGUUAGAGACAUAAAGAAUUCUCCUCCUUCAGAUGCAUUAUUAUCUGAAACUUCAGAAAGUUCAAUGCAGCAGACAGAUAAAUUGGAGCCUCAUCUUGCUGAUGAAGUUCUUCUCUCUGAAAAAACAGAGGAAUCACUGAAUCAUCCUGGUGAGUCUACAGAAGAGAAGAGUAAUAUCAUCUACGACGAGAGAGCUUCAGUAAUUGAUACCGUCUAUGUCAAGGAAGACAGAAAAGAAUAUGGAGACAUAGAAAGUGAAGCUCGAGUGCUAACACAGGAGGAGAUAUUAGGGGAGCAGCCAAAACCAGCUGAGGAGACAAAGUUAGAAGACAUGGGCAAUUCCGAAAGCUUUGCUGAUCAUCAACUCAUGGACAACGAGAAUUUAGAUCUUAUAGGAGACAGUGAAAAUCCACAAACAUUGAUUCAACAAGACAAUUUAAGAGAGCUCCCAAAACCGACCGAGGAGACAACUUUAGAAUCUAACAAGCAUGUUGAGGUCAGUUCUGAUAAUCCUGCUGAUCAUCAGACCAUGGAAUCUGUACUAUCGAACGAGGACAAUGAGAAUUCGAAUACUAUAGAAGAUAGUAAAAAGCCACCAAUGUUGGACCAACAAGAGAUAGCUAGGGAGCUACCAAAGCCAGUUGAGGAGGUGAGGUUAGAAUCUGACUUGCACAAUGAGAAAAUUUCUCAAAUUCCUGAUAAAGAUCAAUCCAAGGAGACGGUAGAACCAGACGAAGGCACAAUGAAUUUGAAAAUUUCUCAAAUUCCCGAUAAAGAUCAAUCCAAGGAGACGGUAGAACCAGACGAAAGCACAAUGAAUUUGAAGCUUAUACAAGGAGAUGGGGAAGAGCUAAUCGAACAAGAAGAUGGCAUCAAGGAUAUGUCAAAGACAAUUGAGGCUGAAGCUCAGGUUCUGAUUAAGCAAGAGAAUGUAGAGGAUCUUCCAAGGCCAUCCAAGGGGACAGAGUUACAAUCUAAUAUUGAUAAUGAUUUCAAAUCUGAAAAUCCAGCUCAUCAUCAACCCAUGGAGUCUGUACAACCAAAAGAGGACAAUGAGAAUUCAAGACUUAUAAGAGAUAGUGAAAAGCUAGCUGAACAAGAGGGUGGAUUGACGGGCACGUCAAGUCCAAUUGCAGCCAAAGAAAACUUGCUUUCAAGUGAAGACAGUAAAGAUGAGCAAAAUUUCGUAGAAAGUGAAGACUUACACGCAAACCAGAGUUCUGAUGAUCCCAUUUCAUCAGUUGUGGAGCAAGUGCCACCGGUUGAUGUAGUCCCAGUUAAUUCAAGUCCAUCGUCAUCUCCAACAUCUGUACUAACAAAACAUAUCGCCGUGGGCGAAAUGUCCUCAGCGAGUUUGAAUGAAAUGGUACAGAUAGAUGUUCCACAAUCUGAUACGGAAGCCAUGGUGAGAAGUAGUUCAUCAGAGGAACUGUCGCUUGACAAUGAACCAUCCAAUCCUCCAGAGAAUUUCACAGAUGAAUUUAACAUCAUAGGAAGUACAAGCAAACCGUUGAUUGAUGACAAGGUAGGCACAGAGGAACCAGAGUCCGAUAAUAAAGCCACUGAUGGAGAUUUAGCAACACUGCUAAAUCCUGAAGCAGUUGCAGAAUUGUCAAAAGAAGAUCUGGAAACUCAUAAAACACCGAUUGAGGAUGCAUCAGGAAUAUUAGAAGAUUUCCAAACAGAAACUAUUAGCAAGAUCUCUGAUGACAAGGAGAAGUUGAAGUCUGAUGAAGAAAGUGGAAGUCAACCGGAUGAUGCAAAAGUCAAUUUGGAAGCCAUGAAAGAUGGUGGUUUAGGUGGUAAUGGUAAUACAGUGGAAUAAGGUCAAACAUUUUAGGUACGUUGACCACCAUCAAAAAAUGAUCAGCUGCGGAAAAGUACAGUAGGGAGUUCCUGCAACUGCUGUAGUAGGACUAUGUAGAUUUUGAAAGGGACUUCAAAAUGUUGGCACUACCAUUAUGUCUCAUAGUUUAUAUAAUGCCAUAUACACAUACAUUUUUUUCCCCCUUUCUUGGGAAUUUAAUUGUAUUAAUAGCUCCUUAAUAACUUAUGGAUAUGUAGCAACAGCGCUCUAACUUGAAAUUUUAAUUCUUAAUUAUGUCAAUUUUCACUCAUUUUUUUAUAUAGUUCA